AUGCGUGCGUGUGCGGAGCAGAGCGUGCGAGGGGAGCAGCAGCAGCGCAGGCUGCACGAGGAGCGGCGGGCGGAGGAGGAACGCAGGGAGAUGUGGCAGCAGAAACUUCUCAGAGACCUGGCGGUGUCAGCGCGGGAGCCCGCGGACUGGCUGAACAAGCUGCUCGUGCUGCUCUGGCCCAACGUGCUGCACCCCCGCACUCUCGCCGCCACGCAGGCCGCCAUGCAGAGCAUCAUGGACAGGGAUGUGCCUCCACAUGUGCAAUCCGUGGAGAUUCUCGAGAUGGAUUUCGGUGACGCAGCGCCGCAAGUGGGUCCUCUCGGCCUGUUCUGGUCAACGCGCCAGCCGCACAAGACCCACUCAACUGCCCGCAAUGGAGGUGCCGCUGCUGCUGCUGGGCUCACGGCUGACGGGCAGUCCAGUGCUGGAGUAGCAGGAGGAGGGGGAGGAGUAGUAGGGGGGGAGGGAGAGGGCGGGACGGAGGGUGCAAGGGAACAGCGUGAGCAGCACGAGAGUGAGCGUGAGAGCGAGCACACGCAGGCGGAGGAGGGGGAGGAGGAGGAGCAAGGGCUGAAUGUGGACGUGAGGUGGGGCAGCAGCGGGCUGUCUGUGGUGCUGGCAGUGCACUUCGCCUCGGACGCCCCCUUCCCCUCCUCCUCCUCGCACUCCCUCCUGCCCGCCUCCUCGUCGCUCUCCUCGUCACAGCACGGCACGCCGCACUCCCUCGCCUCCUCCUCCUCCGUGGCUCCUGGCGGGUUCAAGAUCCAGCUGGCUAUCUCCAAUGUCGCUGUUGCUGGCACGGUGCGCGUGGUGCCGGUGUGCAGUGGCGGCGCGCUGCUGUGGUCGUUUGUGCGCCCACCUGCCGUGUCCUUCUCCCUCGCCCUGCACCACCACACCAACGCCGACGCUGCCCUCUUCCUCAUUGCUGGCUUCGACGAGUGGCUGACGCGAGUGCUCUCGUCCUACAUAGCCGCCCACGCCGUUGAUCCAGUCAAGGAGCUGCUACCCCUCACGCUCCCUCCUCCCUCCCUCUCCCCCGCGCCUCCCCUCCUCCUUCCCGCUCCCCUCCCCUCCGUUGUGGGUGGCUACCUCUCGCUCUCCCUCCUCUCCGCCUCCAAUCUCGUCCGUCCAUCUAAUUCUCCUCCCAACGCCCCUCCUCCUGCUUCUGCUACUUCUGCAACGGCACCAGCGCCAGUGGCAGAAGCAGGGGCAGCAGGGGAGGAGACGAGGGGGGCGGUGGUGGGUGCAUGUGUGGUGGAGGUGCAGUGUGGGGAGAUACGUAGAGCUUCCUUGCCCAGCGUCACUUCAGGCCGAAACCCCAAGUGGUCCUCCUCACCUGCUGCUGCUGCUGCUGCUGCUGGUGGGGAUGCAGGGGAAGGAAGCGCAGCAGGAGGGGGAGCGGUGGCAGGAGCGGUGGCAGGAGGGGAGGAGGGCGCGAUGCUGCUGUGGGGCAAUGGGCCGCGCUUCUCCCUCACUCUCAGAGUGUGCGAGCUCUCCGGGAAAGUGGCUGCAGCAGCUGCUGCUGUCGCUGCCGAUGGUGCAGCGGCAGUAGCAGCAGCAGGAGGAGGGGAUGGUGGUGGCGGGUCUGCGGGUGUGGCCUCUUGUGUGGUGCUCGGAACAGCACAGCUGCACGUGGCGUACACGGGAGUGGACGGCAGCACAGGGGACGCCACCCCCUACGCCGUGCUGUGGGGCAUGGGUCCGCACCGCCUGCCUGUAGUGCGCCGUGUGCCGCUCUCGCCCUCCUCCCUGCGCCCUGUCACCAUCUCCCUCGCCCUCGACUACCCCUCUACCUUAGGAUCUAUCCGCAUUCGUCUCUCUCCACCCUCCUGGUUGCCCGCCCCUUCCCCCACUCCCUCGCUCCCCUUCACUCCACCACCCCUCUUCCCUCCUCCGCACCUCGUCCCCUCCCUCCUCGCCUCCUCCUCCUCUCCGCCCGCCAUCCCACCCGCGCCCCCCUCGUUCACGGGGCGCAGCAUCCGAGUGACAGUGGUGGAGGGGCGGCACGUGUGGGAGAGCAGGGACGGGAGAGCAACGGGCGUGGGCAUGGGGGGCAAGGGCGCAGGGGGAGGAGUGCCGGGGAUAGUGGUGGAGGUGGAAUAUGGCAAGCAACGGGUGCGCACAAGGGCCAUCCCAGACGCCAACCCCGUGUGGGGGGACGCGCUGCAGCUGCGAGAGGUGGCGGGGGCGGCGCCCCUGCUGCACGUGCGCUGCCUCGCCUUCUCCUCGCUCGCUCCCUGGUCGCCCAUCGCCCUCGGCCACGCCUCUCUCUUCCUCCAGCCGGCAGCACUACAGGGUGAUGCAGGGCUGUGGCUGCCCAUGGGUGGGGCAGGAGGCUCAGGGGACGUGCACCUCAUGCUGGCUCUCGAGCCACCGCACGCACAGGGGCUGGAGCCAGGCGCCACGGCAGAAGCAGCAGCGGGAGGAGGAGGAGGGGGAGAAGGAAUUGCGGUAGAUGGUGCGGCGGGCGUGGAUGGAAGCACGGGCACUGGCAAGCGGCCAAGCAGUGUGCUUAGGGUUAGUCCCCUUCCCUUUCUCUCACUCCACCCUGGGCACCCCAGCAGCGUCCACCCCUACCGUCCCUCUUCUUCUCCUCCCCACUCUCCCCCCCCCUUCCAAAACCCCUCUCUCCCACCUCCCCCACCGUCAGGCCCUGUCGCGCAAGGACCGUGUGGUGUGGCCCUGUCACGCAAGGACCGUGCGGUGUCAUCGCGGCGGCUGCAGGUGACGGUGGUGGGCGUGCGUGGGCUGGCAUCGCACCCUGCUGUUGUGGCUGCCAAGGGCAAGGCACCCGACACGUACGCUACUGUGCGCUAUGGCGCCACCAAGCGCCGCACCAAGGUGGUGCAUCGCAGUCUAGCCCCAGAGUGGCAAGCGCUCUUUGACCUGCCCGACACGGGUGAGGACCUGGAGGUCACAGUCAAGGAGCCACACGGCCUCGCUCUCUCCCUCUCCACCGCUCUCCCCCUGGGGUCAUGCCGCGUGGACUAUAGCGGCCUGCGCCCGGGGUCCUCCCACGAGUUCUGGCUCCCCCUAGCUGCCAGAGUGUCCCAAUCCGUCAUCCCUCCUUCCCUCCCUCAAUCCGGAAUACACCUCCUUGUGCACUUUGUAAGUAGCACCCUAAUAGCAGUCUUGAUUUCACUAGCCAAGUGGCCAGAGAAGGUGCUGGCAGACCGAGACCUGCUGCUGAGCCGCGUGCAGGAGCUGGACCAUGUGCUGGCUGCUGUGCUGGGGCCUGCUGCAGUGCAGGCGCUGGGGAGCGGCCGCGGGCGUGUGGCAGGGGGAGUGGCAGAGUAG